UAAACUAAAGGAAUUUUCUCGUUUCUUCGUUUUGCAUGCAUUCUCUUUCUCUCUGCCGCAUUCGAUCUUGCAUUUUCAAGCACUUUCUCGUCAGAGAAAGUUUUCAUAGCUUUUCCCGAUCUGGUGAUUCCGGCGGCGUUUGCAAAUCAAGUCUCACGGCGCCGGACUACGCCGUGUUCUGGUGCUCGCCAUUUGCAUCGCCGGCAUUUGGUCGGCUUAUAUUUACCAAGGAGUCCUUCAAGAGACUGUAAUUAUUCUCUGUAUCAUUCGAUCAUCUCAGCUCCUUCCAUAUCUCAUUCCGAAAUACUCCAAGACUGAAGAACUUCGAUGUGCUAGGGUUCCAUGUCUAUUCGAUCAUCUCCUUCCAGAAAUACUCCCAAGAGAGUCUGAAGAACACUUCGAAGGUGCGAUUGAAAGGUUUAAUCGAAGGUGCUGCUGAUUGAUUCUCUCCUUCGAAGGUGUGAUUGAAGAGAUUUUGGCUUAAAAGGCUUGCGGAGAAAGCAGAAAAUAGAGUUUCUGCGAAGCAUUAGGGUUAAUUUUCAGGUAUUAUCUGGAUAUCACCACCACCGCAGCCACCGUCAUCGUCUGUGCUUCGAACCCCCUCCGGUUGGAUCCUUUAACCAUAAUUAUAAAAAAUAAAAAAAAAUAUCGGCGUACCGCAGUCGUACCCUUAUCAUACUUUUUUGAGAUUUUGCCGUAUCGGCGUACCCACACUUGUACCCGUACCGUACUCGCAUCCGCACCCGUGCUUCUUAGGCAAAUGGAGUCUCACAGCGCCGGACUACGCCGUGUUCUGGUGCUCGCCUUUUGCGUCGCAGGCAUUUGGUCAGCUUAUAUUUACCAAGGAGUCCUUCAAGAGACUGUGUCCACCAAGAGAUUUGGCCCAAACAAAGAGAGGUUUGAAAGCCUAGCAUUUCUGAAUCUGACACAGAGUGUAGUUUGUUUCAUUUGGUCAUUUAUUAUGAUAAAGCUUUGGUCUAGUGGUAGUAAUGGCGGUGCUCCAUGGUGGAGUUACUGGAGUGCUGGCAUUACAAAUACAAUUGGCCCAGCUAUGGGGAUUGAAGCUUUAAAGUACAUCAGUUAUCCUGCCCAGGUCCUUGCAAAAUCUUCAAAAAUGAUACCAGUGAUGCUGAUGGGUAGCUUAGUUUAUGGUAUUAGAUACACUUUUCCAGAGUAUGUCUGCACUCUCCUGGUUGCUGGUGGUGUUUCUAUGUUUGCACUUGCAAAGACUAGCUCAAAGACAAUAAGCAAGCUGGCGCACCCAAAUGCUCCACUUGGAUAUGGGUUGUGUUUCCUUAAUCUUGCUUUUGAUGGAUUUACAAAUGCUACUCAAGAUUCAAUUACAUCAAGGUACCCGAAGACAAGUGCUUGGGACAUAAUGUUGGGUAUGAACUUGUGGGGUACCAUUUACAAUACAGCCUUCAUGUUUGGAUAUCCGGGCGCUAGUGGAUACGAGGCAGUUAAAUUCUGCAAGUUGCACCCAGAUGCAGCAUGGGACAUUUUUCUCUACUGCCUGUGCGGUGCAGUGGGUCAGAAUUUCAUUUUUCUAACCAUAAGUCGAUUUGGUUCUCUCACUAACACUACCAUCACCACAACUCGCAAAUUUGUCAGCAUUGUGGUGUCUUCACUUCUUAGUGGAAACCCGCUAUCUACAAAGCAAUGGGGGAGCGUUUUCAUGGUCUUCUCAGGGUUGUCGUACCAGAUUUACCUCAAAUGGAGGAAAUUGCAGAGAUUGCAGAAGAAGAGAAAGCCCAUGUGAAGUCCAUGAUAUAUUAUUGGUGUAACCGUAAGGUUCAAUAUCACAUUUUGAAUAUAGACGAAUGUAUCGGAGUAGAUCUUAUUUUUCAAGUCUCUCUACAUAUGCAGUUAGGGGAAGUUUUGACAUGUCAUGAGUUUUAAAACUAGUACCAGUUGGCUUCUGACUGAAAUUUGAUGUUAUUAAAUUUGUGAUAAUUAUGUGAGCAUUUGUUGUGUA